UUUCUCAGACGAAGUCUGACACCCGGAUAUGACGCUAGACGCGCUGUAUUCAAACUUCCAAGCAAGGAAGUGUGUCCGUUUUCAUUGAAACUACUCUCUUAGCUUGUUGUUUUAAACAUAUUCCAGCAUUGUGAGUAAUAUUUUCGUAAAUAUUUUAAAAAGCACACGUUUUCUUAAAAAGAAAAGACAGCACUUCAAAGAUGACAUCAAAAGGAACCAAGGAGACUAUUGUCAACAAGCUGGGGUUUAAAUCCAGUGGCUCAAAGCAGGCUGAAGUGGAAAUGGAAAAACUCAGGAAGGAGAACGCUCAACUGAAGAAGAAGAUAGAUGAAAUAUCAAAACGGUCUGCCAAGCCACCUGACUCCGACAAAAGCAAACUGCUAGAGAGGAUUCUAUCUCUGGAGACAUUGAGGGAGAAGAACACUCAGCAGUUACUGGCUAGGGAGAAGGAGGUGGAGACGUUAAAACAGCAGCUGCGUUCCAGUGGUGGCGAGGUAGUCGCCUCUCUUCAGGCUCAGCUGGACCAAGUGAGGAGAGAGGCAGAGCACAGAGAGAAACUUUUCCAGUCCCUCUCUGAGGAGACAGGGAACCUGAAGAACAAGUUGGUGGCAGUGUCUGCAAGGUGUCAGACAUUGGAAAAACAGGAUCCUGAUUUACAGAAUGGCCGUGUCCCCUCUGCUGAGGUGGCAGUACUUCAGGAACACCUGACAGAUGCUUUGGAAAAGAAUCAACAGUGGCUGGUUUAUGAUCAACAACGAGAGGCCUAUGUAAAGGCAGUCCUGGCCAGGACCCUGGAGAUGGAGCAGCAGCUAAAUCAAGCCAACCGACAACAACACAAAGAAGGCAAUUCAGAUGAGAAGUGUUCGCACCAGCUGCAGGACAAAGACAACCAGCAGCUGCGACUGCAGGCCGAGAUGAACCUGGCGGCCCAGAGAGAGGCGGCGGCGCGGGCCCAGGGGGAGCUGGCGGAGCUCCAGAAGAGGUAUGAUGAGCGCUGCAGGGAGGGUGUAGAGCUCCGUCAACAGCUCCAGGCUGAACGCCUCAGCAGCAGAGAGUCAGUCAGCCAGGAGAGGAAGUGCUCGGCAGACCACGCAGCCAGGUUGAGGUCCGAGCUGGAAAGCAUGGAUGCCAGGCUGGAGGAGGAGAGGAAGAGGUCCGCUGAGCUGUUGGGGCAGGUGAAUUUACUCCAGAAGUCUUUGUUGAACCAAAACGAGGAGCAGAGGAGAGUUGCUGUUCUUGAGCAGCAGAUCCAGCUGUCUGCUAAAGACUUUGAGAAUGAGAAGCUUGAUCGACAGAGUUUACAGCAUCAGUUGCACAAGGUCCUAAAAGAGCUGCGCAAAGCUCAGGACCAAAUCACAAAACUGGAAUCCAGCCAUCAAAAGCAGUCUCGUUUCUCUGAGCCCAGUUCUUACAACAAGCUGGAGUUUCAGAAGCUGUCCAUUGAGGAACCCAUCCCCAUGUCCCCCUCAAAACAUCUCCUGGAUGAGAGUUUCCUGGAAUGUCCAAAGUGCAGAGCCCUUUACACAACCAGUCAGCACAGAGAACUGCUGGCCCACCUUGACUACUGUUUUGCUUAAACAGCCUGUAAGGAAUUAACAAGCAAGUACAUCUGUCCAGUGUCUGCCUUUCUUUUGGCUUUAGGAUAUACAUUUUUUAUAUAUAUAAUUAUACAAGAAGAAUUUGUUUUUAUGCUCUUAUAUAUUACAAAUGCUUUAUUUUGUGAUGUGUUUAAGUGAAAUCUACUGUAUAAUCCUGAUUGUUUGUUU